GCACACCCUCUCAAAACUUGCAUGUUUGACGCAAUAUACCAACUCGGGGACUCGUUUUCCGACACCGGAAAUCUGAUUCGUGAGAAUCCGGCUUUUCCAUUUUCUCAGCUCCCCUACGGGGAAACCUUCUUCAAGAAUGCCACCGGCAGGUGCUCCAACGGGUUGCUAAUGAUAGAUUACAUUGCUCUGGCAGCCGGAAUUCCAUUUCUUCAUCCCUAUUUGAAUAAGGAUGUGAUGUUCAGUCGUGGUUAUGGAGAGAACUUUGCUGUAGCUGGUUCCACUGCCUUGCCUACAUAUGUUCUUGCAGAGAAGAACAUUUCGUCUCCAAUCACUAACAGCACUUUAAGUGUACAACUAGAUUGGAUGUUUAGCCAUUUCAAUGCGAUUUGUUUCGAUGAUUAUGACUGUAUCAAGAAGCUUAAAAAUGCCCUAUUCAUGGUGGGAGAAAUAGGAUGGAAUGAUUAUAACUAUGCAUUAUUUCAAGGCAAAACUAUUAAGGAGGUCAUAGACAUGGUUCCAGAAGUUGUUCAAGCAAUAAAGGAUGCUGUUACAAGGGUCAUUGGCUAUGGUGCUUCCCAUGUUGUUGUUCCAGGCAACUUUCCAAUAGGCUGUUUACCGAUCUAUCUUACAGCAUUCCAAACCAACAACGUAGCUGCUUAUGAUGAAUUUCAUUGCCUAAAGAGGUUGAAUAAUCUUUCAAUGCAUCACAAUCAUCACCUGCAACAGGCCAUUAAAGUUCUGAGAAGAGAAUACCCUAAUGUUGUUAUAAUAUAUGGUGAUUAUUACAACGCUUUUCAAUCAGUUUACCAACAUGCGCCACUUCUUGGAUUUGAUGUUGUAUCUAUACAGAAAUCUUGUUGUGGUGUUGGAGGUGAUUAUGACUUUAGCAUCGCAAGAAUGUGUGGAGCUCCUGGUGUACCUGUUUGUGUUAAUCCAAAUGAACUUAUAAGCUGGGAUGGAGUUCAUAUGACUCAGAGAGCAUACCAGUUUAUGGCAUACUGGCUCAUCAAUGACAUCUUACCUAAGCUUCAUUGCAAGGCUUAA